AUGUCCGUCAAGACCGUCGACAUAUCCACAAUCAACCAGACAACUGCGGACGAGCUGCUCGAGUGCGCCUCCAGAGACGGCUUCCUGUUCGUGGAAGGAUCAGGCUUCACCCAGAAGGAGGUGGACGAUAUGUUCAACAUGUCCAAGGGGUUCUUCGCUCUUCCUCUGGAGGAAAAGAACAAGUUCCCCAUUGGUGCUGAGAACCGAGGUUACAACGCUAUCAACGUCGAGACCCUUGAUCCCGCUACCCAAAAGAAGGGUGACCCCAAGGAGGGCUUCAACUUUGGCAAGUACAUCAACGAGAAGCCAAUUCAACCUAUGCCCGAGUUCUUCCAGAAACCCGAGAAUGCCGACAUCAUUGCAAACAUGCAGACCAAGCUUUACAACCUCUCACAAAGAAUUCUCAAACUGCUAGCCAUGGGUCUCAAGAUUGACGAAUCUUCAGGAGGAUCAAACUGGUUUGCCGACCGACACAGACGUGAUUACCCAUCUGGAUCAAUCUUCAGAUUGCUUUACUAUCCUGGUCAGAAGAAGGCCGAUCCCGAAGACGAAAUCCGGGCAGGAGCACACACAGACUACGGAUCUUUGACUCUGCUUUUCCAACGAGAGGGAGAGGAAGGACUCGAGAUUUUGUCCCCCGUAUCUAAGAAGUGGGAGCCUGUCCCAUACGUUGGACCCAAGGAGCCUGGUAUGGCCCCACCUGUGGUUGUCAACAUUGGAGAUCUGCUCAGCUACUGGACAGCUGGUAUUCUCAAGAGCACAAUUCACAGAGUCAAGUUUCCAGCCAAGCUUCAGGCCGAGGGAACGGACCGAUAUUCGUGUGUCUUCUUCUGUCAUCCCGAGGAAGAAGUAAGACUUGAACCUGUCCCCAGUGCAAAGAUUGCCUCUGUAACUGGCCGAGGAGCUAACGAAGGAAAGGUCAUCACCGCAGAGGAGCAUCUCCAGUCUAGACUGAGUGCUACUUAUGGUUGGAAGAAGUGA